UAUAUUGCCUAUUAUGCCCUUUUUAUUUAAAACAGCCUCGCCUCCGGCUAUGAAAGCUCCGACCCAUCGCCCUUUUUUUUUGGAAAGAUUCGGGAAGAGUCGAAGAGAGCAUUUGUAGCCCCGUAGAUUUUAAUUACUUCAUGCGUUGUUACUGAGUAUUGAGAGGACGGAAACCAGCCAAAAUUUUGGAAGAGAUCCAAGCAGCAAAGAAUUUCCCUUACUCCAGAAUCUGGUGUCCGAUUGAGUAAGGCCGGAAAUAGACCAGAAGAGGCUGCCCAGUGCCCAGCUGCAAUUCCGAUAUCCGAUUGACGCUGAUUCUCCGCUUUAUUGCUUAUGUGGCUCUAUUCUUCUUUCAGACUUUGGAGUUCUUCUGUUGUGGCAAUCUGACCUAAGAAUCCACGUUCUAGCGCAGCCCAGAUGAUUGUGAAUUGAUUCGUCAAUAAAAAUGUCACUUCUUCGUGUUGGACGCGCUCGAGUGCUUCUUUCUUAUAAUAGAACUCAUCUUCAGCCAUCAUCAUUAUCAUCAUCCAGCUUGUUGUCAAGGCAUGAGUUCAGAUCACUAGUUGAGACCAAUAUCAUAUUCUCCAAUUCGGGAAGGCAUAGUAUAGCAACAUCUUGUUCAUUGUUGAACUUCCGGCACCAAUAUGCUACUAAAGCAGCUUCCGUAGAGAAGAAAUCAAAGAAGAUGUUAUUUUACCUGACAGGUUUGGUUUUUGGGAUGGUAGGAUUGAGUUAUGCAGCAGUUCCUCUGUAUAGGAGGUUCUGCCAAGCUACAGGCUAUGGGGGUACAGUUACACGCAAGGAGAGCGUUGAAGAAAAGAUUGCUCGGCAUGCCAAGGAUGGAACUGUCAGCACCAGGGAGGUGGUUGUACAAUUUAAUGCUGACGUUGCUGAUGGAAUGCCUUGGAAGUUUAUUCCUACACAACGAGAGGUAAGAGUAAAGCCAGGAGAGAGUGCCCUUGCCUUUUACACUGCUGAAAAUCGGAGCUCUACUCCAAUAACGGGUGUAUCUACAUAUAAUGUCACUCCUAUGAAGGCUGCAGUUUAUUUCAAUAAAGUGCAGUGCUUUUGCUUUGAGGAACAGCGGCUUCUUCCUGGGGAACAAAUUGACAUGCCUGUAUUUUUUUACAUUGAUCCGGAGUUUGAAACAGAUCCCAAGAUGGAUGGUAUCAACAACUUAAUUCUCUCGUAUACAUUCUUCAAAGUGUCCGAUGAAUAGCAGCUGGUUCCUAUUGCGUGAUUAACCUUCUGUGUCAUAGGUACUUUCAUGACAUGUUUUAAUAAGUAUACCCCCCUCUUUAAAUGUAUACAUGGAAAAUGUGUGGGCCAUACUCUGUUUAUUCUACAUCAAUCUUGUGCUCAUGAUGGGUUGUCAUAGCUAGGGUGGGCCAAGCCAGCCAUGUUGCCACUGGUUCACCCAAGUUUGGCAAAAAGCUCUUCUAAGUGUAAUUUUUUUAAUAUAAAGUUUAUAUGGAUAAUUUUUUUUUUGGGCCACCUGUAUUAAUCUUUUAAGAGUUCUUGCGACAUUGCCAGCCAUUAGAAUUGGGAUGCCUUGUGCGGCUGCACCAUCUUUAGACAUUAUUUAUUUGUGUAUGUAUUUUUUGUUCUGAAUUCUACAUGUGUUGUAUUGAUUCUUUUUUCCAAGCGGCAAUAUAUAUAAUACUAGGG